GAAGCCAUAAACCACAUAGCUUGCAAUAAAUCGGAGUAAUCGUUCUCCAUAGUUAUUGGUUAUCAGGUAGACUAUUUCUCCUUCUUUUUUGGGUCUUUGGAUUAUUGUUGCGCGUCAAUCGCGUGUAGUGUUGUUUUGCCAGGCUUACCCAUUACAACUAGAUCUGGGAAACCCAGCAACGUCAAGCUUGUUAGACAAGUAACACAACGAUGGCAUCCUGGGCAGAGGCCACCGCGGUCGAGAAGGUCGAUACAAAGACAUAUACAUGCAACCUGAGGGAUGACUGGUGUAUAGGCUCUGUCCCUAACGGCGGCUAUGUCACUGGCUGUAUAUUGGAAGUCGUCGCCCUGCACUUCAGCACUGCAUUGGCAAAACAGAAUCAACCCCAUACUAUUGCUCUCCAUGUCGAGUUCUUGCGUAGGACCCAAGCUGGGCCAGCCACAUUCAGGGUGGAUGACGUGAAGCUGGGUCGGCAAACUUCCAUUGUGCAUGUCCAUAUGUCACAAGAAGGUCGCGAGGAAGUGCUCGCAUAUGUAACAAACUCGAAUGUCGAUACCGAAACGGGAGUCACCUUCGAUACUGGGUACACGUUGACUCCACCGCCUCCGACAGUCGACCUGGCCAAGCUCGCAGAUGACAAGGACGAGAACUGGUUCCGACAGCAGAAGAUGCCAUUUUCAAACUUCCGAAAAGCUUCCCAAAAGGUCCGGUGGCAUUUUCCUCGCAAUGGACAUGUCAAGAGCAGCAUAGCCGACGAAUGGCUCUACUUUGCGGACGGUUCCAACUUCACCAACAGCAGCAUUGGUUUUGUAGCAGACAUGUUCCCUCAGAUCGUCGAGUCAUAUCGUGACAAGAGCCAAGGACCAUUCUGGUACCCAACGUUACUACUGAACCUGGACAUCAAGAAGAGUCUUCCCCCGGAGGGCGUGAAAUGGCUGGCUGUACGCGUGCAAUUGAAGCAGGUCAAGAAUGGCCGAAUGGAUCUGGAUGUGCAUGUGCUUGAUGACCAGGGGGAACUUGUUGCUUUAAGCCACCAUGUCGGCUUCGUGCUCGAUGCAGCACGAAACACGGCCGAGAGGAAGAAACCAGAUACCAAGAUAUAGAUACCUAGACAUUGUAAAGAUUCUGUUGUAAUACAUUUGAUUGGUGGCAGUUG